GUGGUACCGGUCCGGCGGCUAGCUCGCUAGCACGGUGACGGAGCUAACGAGUGGAAAUGAAUCGACAGCGAGAAACACCGUUGUGUUGUUUUUACAAGCUGAAACAAAACUGACAUUUAUUUUCACGCACUGACCUGGUGGUUGACCACAGAGGGACUAAACGAUGGGUCAGCGAAGGAGAGUGGGAGCUGGGAAGGCCCCAUCUUCUCUGAGAGACUCUGCAGAUGUCACCAGGGUCUGCAACAGGAAGCACAACAUCUGUAUGGUGUCUGACUUUUUCUAUCCAAAUAUGGGCGGAGUAGAAAGCCACAUUUAUCAGCUUUCUCAGUGCCUAAUUGAAAAGGGACAUAAAGUUGUAAUUGCCACCCACUCUUAUGGCAGCAGGAGGGGAAUCAGGUACCUGACCAAUGGACUGAAGGUCUACUACCUGCCGCUGCAGGUGAUGUACAACCAGUCCACAGCCACAACCUGCUUACACAGCCUCCCGCUGCUGCGCUGUGUGUUUGUCAGGGAGAAAAUCACUGUUGUUCAUGCACACAGCUCAUUUUCUGCUAUGGCCCACGAUGCACUAUUCCAUGCCAAGACAAUGGGCCUGAACACAGUGUUCACUGACCACUCACUCUUUGGUUUUGCUGACAUCAGCUCUGUGCUGACCAACAAGCUUCUGACUAUUUCUAUGUGUGACACCAACCACAUUGUGUGCGUCUCCUACACCAGUAAGGAGAACACGGUGCUCCGUGCUGCACUCAACCCAGAGAUCGUAUCUGUUAUUCCCAAUGCGGUGGAUCCCACAGAUUUCACCCCCGACCCCACCCAGCGCCACCACGAUAGAAUCACAAUUGUUGUGAUCAGCCGUCUCGUCUACCGCAAAGGAAUUGAUCUUCUUGGUGGAAUAAUCCCAGAGCUUUGCCUCAAACAUCCUGAUCUCCAUUUCCUAAUUGGUGGAGAGGGGCCGAAGAGACUCGUGCUGGAAGAAGUGAGAGAGAAAUACCAACUCCAUGACCGGGUCCGUCUGCUCGGGGCYCUGGAGCAUAAAGACGUUCGUGAYGUUUUGGUUCAGGGUCACAUCUUCUUGAACACAUCUCUGACCGAAGCAUUCUGUAUGGCUAUCGUGGAGGGAGCCAGCUGUGGGCUGCAG